GCCUUGACAAAGCCGUUCAAGAUGAACAUGGUGAAGAGGAUCAUGGGCCGGCCUCGGCAGGAGGAGUGCAGCCCGCAGGACAACGCGCUGGGCCUGAUGCACCUGCGACGCCUCUUCUCCGAACUGUGCCACCCUCCUCGUCACAUGACCCAGAAGGAGCAGGAGGAGAAGCUCUACAUGAUGCUUCCCGUGUUUAACAGGGUGUUCGGGAACGCUCCACCCAGCACCAUGACGGAGAAGUUCGCUGACCUGCUGCAGUUCACCACUCAGGUCUCACGUCUCAUGGUGACCGAGAUCAGACGAAGAGCCUCCAAUAAAUCCACAGAGGCAGCCAGUCGAGCCAUAGUCCAGUUUCUGGAGGUGAACCAGAGUGAGGAGGCGAGUCGCGGCUGGAUGCUUCUGACCACCAUCAACCUGUUGGCCUCCUCCGGACAGAAAACGGUGGACUGCAUGACGACCAUGUCUGUUCCCUCCACGCUGGUUAAAUGCCUCUACCUGUUCUUCGACCUGCCCCACAUGGCCGAGGCCCCCCCGGCCCCCGCCCCGACUCCCCCUCCGCCGCCACCGCCCACCCAGGAGAAAACCCCAGCCCAGGGCCAAACCCAGCCAGAGCUUCCCCUGGCUGACCGCAGAGCCAUGCUACAGAAAGUCUUUGUCCAGAUCCUGGUGAAGCUCUGCACCUUUGUGUCUCCGGCGGAGGAGCGCCAAAAGGACGACCUCCAGCUGUUGUUCAGUGCCAUCACGUCCUGGUGCCCCCCUCAUAAUCUGCCCUGGAGGAGAAGCGCUGGGGAGGUGCUCACCACCAUCUCCAGACACGGCCUCAGCGUCAACGUGGUCAAAUACAUACACGAGAAGGAAUGCCUCUCCACGUGUGUUCAGAACAUGCAGCAAUCUGACGAUCUGUCGCCGUUGGAGAUCGUGGAAAUGUUCGCCGGUCUCUCUUGCUUCCUCAAAGACUCCAGCGACGUUUCUCAGACCCUGCUGGACGAUUUCCGCAUGUGCCAGGGUUACGCUUUCCUCUGCGACCUCAUGCUCAGACUGGAACAGGCCAAGGAGGACGAAUCGAAGGAUGCACUGAAGGAUCUGGUCAACCUGGUCACAUGUCUGACUACGUACGGAGUGACGGAGCUGAAACCAGCCGGCCUGACGACAGGAGCUCCCUUCUUACUGCCUGGAUUCGUUCUCCCUCAGCCUUCUGGCAAAGGCCACACGGUGCGUAACGUCCAGGCCUUCUCCGUGCUCCAGAACGCCUUCCUUCGGGCUAAAACCAACCGCCUGGCUAGCAUGCUGCUCGACGCCAUUGGAAACAUCUACGCUGCCGAGCCAGCCAACUAUUUCAUCCUGGAGUAUCAACACACCCUUUCGCAGUUCGCCGAGCGAGUGGCCAAACUCCCCGAAUCCCAGACCAAGUACUUCGAGCUGUUGGAGUUCGUCGUCUUCAGCCUCAACUACGUGCCGUGCAAGGAGCUGUUCAGCGUCAGCGUGCUGCUCAAGUCGAGCACGUCGCACGCCUGCAGCAUCACGGCCGUCCGGACGCUGCUGAAGCUGUCCAGGCACGACCCGGUGUUCAGCGACGUGCUGCGGGAGGUCGGCCUGCUGGAGGUUCUGGUUAACCUGCUGCACAAGUACGCUGCCCUGCUGAAAGAACCGACGUCGCAGCAGUCGCACAAUAACGACCAAGCUGACUGUAAAAACAGCACCGUAGCAGAGGAGCAGAAGCAGCUGGCCUGGCUGGUGAUGGAGACGCUGACGGUUCUCCUGCAGGGCUCCAACACCACCAACACUAACGCAGCCCUCUUCAGAGAGUUUGGCGGCGCUCGUUGCGUUCACAACAUCGUGAAGUACCGUCAGUGUCGGGAACACGCUCUGCUCAUCAUCCAGCAGCUCGUCCUGUCGCCCAGCGGAGACGACGACAUGGGAACUCUGCUGGGCCUCAUGCACUCUGCACCGUCCAGCGAGCUCCAGCUGAAGACCGACAUACUGCGGGCCUUGUUGGCGGUGUUACGUGAGAGUCAUCGCACCCGGACGGUUUUCCGUAAGGUUGGCGGUUUCGUCUACGUCACCUCUCUGCUGGUUGCCAUGGAGCGGUCGCUAUGCCAACCGCCUCGUCACGGCUGGGAACGCGUCAACCAGAACCAAGUGUUUGAACUCCUGCUCACCGUCUUCUGCACGCUCACCGCCGCCAUGCGCUACGAACCCGCCAACUCACACUUCUUCCGCACAGAGAUCCAGUACGAGAAGCUGGCGGACGCUGUGAGGCUGCUUGGGUGUUUCUCCGACACUAAGAAGCUCGGUGCUACGUCCGUGUUCCCCUCCAACUCUCAGCCUUUCCAGAGGCUGCUGGAAGACGAAGCGGCUCCCGGAGGCUGUGCAGGAGAGAGCGUCUGUCCCACGCUCAAACACUGCAGCAAGCUCUUCAUCUACCUUUAUAAGAUGGCCACGGACUCCUUCGACAGUCGUGCGGAGCAGGUGCCCCCCUGCCUGACUCAUGAGACCUCGCUGCCCUCGCCGUGGGGCACGCCAGCGCUCGCCAGGAAGAGACAAGGCUACUACGGGACGUCGGGACCCCCCGCUCCGGUCAAAGCCCUCUCAGACCUGAAACUCCACUUAACCGCCACCCCCACCCAUCCUGCUUCCUCCUCUUCUUCGUCGGACAUGGUGGUCAUUCAUCCGGGGGCCGUGCUGGCCAUGCUGGACCUGCUGCCCUCCGUCUCCUCCGACAGCCAGCCGGAGCAUGCCCUCGACCUGCAGCUGGCUGUGGCGAACAUCCUGCAGCUGCUGGUGAACAGCGAGAGGAACCAGCAGGUGUUGUGUGAAGCUUGUCUCCAUCAGCGUCUCUUGCAGCGCUGCAGUCAGGCCCUCGGUGACGAAGACCACCCGCUACACCCGCCGCUGCAGAGGAUGUUUGAGAGGCUGGCCUCGCAGGCCCUGCAGCCCAUGGCACUCAGGUACUGGACCAGGAGUUUUUUACGUCUUGGAAACCCUCUGAACUGCGGAGCGUGGGAUAAGAAGCUGUUGAAGCAGUACCGAGUCCACAAACCGAGCUCGCUCAGCUACGACGCAGAGAUGAGAAACAGUAUGACGAUGUCCAUGGAGGGCUUCGGCCCCGACAGCGUCUUCGCCACGCCGGCAGAGGACAACGGCCAGUACCGCAUCAGCCGCAGCCUCGUUCGCUCCGCCGAGGGCAGCACCGUUCCCCUCACCCGAGUCAAGUGCCUGGUGUCCAUGACAACGCCACACGACAUCCGACUGCACGGAUCGGCCGUCACGCCCGCCUUCGUGGAGUUUGACACUUCGCUGGAAGGCUUCGGGUGUCUGUUUCUGCCGAGCUUGGCUCCUCACAACGCUCCAACCAACAACACCAACGCCUCCGGAGUCAGCGAUGGAGCCGUGCUGAGCGGCAUGGGCACAGGGGAGCGCUUGUUUCCUCCUCCGUCAGGCCUGAGCUACUCCACCUGGUUCUGCGUGGAGCGUUUCAGUUCGACCUCUCAGGCUCACCCGGUCCGUCUGCUGACCGUCGUCCGUCGGGCCACUUCCUCCGAGCAGCACUACGUCUGCCUGUCUGUGGUGCUGUCGGCCAAAGAUCGCUCGCUCACCGUCUCCACCAAGGAGGAGCUGCUGCAGACGUACUCAGCGGACGAGUCGAGUGAAGAAGCCUCCUUCUAUGAGAUCCUGCCCUGCUGCGCUCGUUUCCGCUGCGGAGAGCUCAUCGCCGAGGGCCAGUGGCACCACCUGGUGUUGGUGAUGAGUAAAGGCAUGCUGAAGAACAGUAUGGCCACUCUGUACAUCGACGGCCAGCUGAUCAGCACCGUCAAGCUUCACUACAUCCACAGCGCGCCGGGCGGCUCCGGCUCCACCAACCCUCCCGUGUUGAGCACGGUGUACAGUUACGUGGGAACGCCACCGGCUCAGCGCCAGCUCUCCACCCUGGUGUGGCGUCUGGGGCCGAGCCACUUCCUGGAGGAAGUGCUUCCCGCCACCAGCGUCGCCGCCAUCUACGAACUGGGCCCAAACUAUGUGGGAAGCUUCCAGGCCGUAUAUCUGCCCUGUAAAGACUCUAAGACAGAAGUGGCCCCUCCGUCUGCGGUUGCCUUGGUACCAGAAGAGAAAGUGUCCUUCAGCCUCUACGCUCUCUCCGUCUCCACUCUCACCGUGGCCAAGAUCAGAAAGGUCUACAACAAGCUGGACAGCAAAGCCAUCGCCAAGCAGCUCGCUGUGUCCUCUCAUGAAAAUGCAACACCGGUGAAAUUGAUCCACAACGCUGCGGGCCACCUCAACGGACCGGCUCGCACCAUCGGAGCCGCCGUCAUCGGAUAUUUAGGUGUUCGUGCUUUUGUGUCCAAGCCCGUAGCCUCCAACCUGCAGUACGUAGGCGGGGCAGCUGCCAUCUUGGGGCUGGUUGCCAUGGCGUCGGACGUGGAGGGGCUGUACGCGGCCGUCAAAGCGUUGGUGUGUGUGGUGAAGAGCAACCCGCUGGCCAGUAAGGAGAUGGAGCGCAUCAAAGGCUACCAGUUGUUGGCCAUGCUGCUGAAGAAGAAGCGCUCGCUGCUCAACAGUCACAUCCUCCACCUCACCUUCUCUCUGGUGGGAACCGUCGACAGCGGCCACGAGACCUCCAUCAUCCCCAACUCCACCGCCUUCCAAGACCUGCUGUGUGACUUCGAGGUUUGGCUCCACGCUCCCUACGAGCUCCAUCUGUCUUUGUUUGAGCAUUUCAUCGAGUUGCUGACAGAGUCCAGUGAGGCGGCUAAGAACGCUAAGCUGCUGAGAGAGUUCCAGCUGAUCCCCAGACUGCUGCUGACGUUAAGGGACACGUCGCUGUCGCAGCCCACUGUCGCCGCCAUCAGCAACGUGCUCAGUCUGCUGCUGCAAGGCUUCCCCAACCCAUAUGACCUGCUGAGGUUCGGCCAGUUCAUCUCCUCUACUCUCCCCACGUUUGCUGUGUGUGAGAAGUUUGUCGUCAUGGAGAUCAAUAAUGAGGAGAAGAUCGAUGGAGGUAACGAUGAUGAUUUCGGCGGCCUCCUGUCCGCCAACCUGAUUCUGCUGAGGAACCGACUGCUGGACAAUCUGCUCAGACUGCUCUUCACCACUAAAGAGAAAUGCACCGUCAAUGCACAGGCUUGUGAGGAGCUGGUGCGAACGCUGGGCUUCGAUUGGCUGCUGAUGUUCAUGGAGGAGCAUCUUCACUCCAGCACGGUGACGGCGGCGCUGUGGAUCCUCGUGGUGCUGCUCUCUAACCAGUCCAUCCUAAACCGCUUCAAAGAGGGGCUGGCUGGGGGGGGCUGGCUGGACCACACCGACUCCGUCCUCACCAACAAGAUCGGCACGGUGCUGGGCUUCAACGUGGGCCGCAGUGCUGGUGGGCGCUCCACGUUGCGAGAGAUCAACCGGGACGCUUGCCACUUCCCAGGAUUCCCCGUGAUGCAGACGCUGCUGCCCAAACACACCAACGUGCCAGAGCUCUACUUCCUGCUCAUGGCUCUCUUCCUGCAGCAACCCGUCAUCGAGCUGCCAGACAGCCUGCAGGUACAUUUCGACCUGGACUCCAUCUGGACCUUCAUCUUUGGCAUCCCGGCCUCCAGUGGGACAGUGGUGGGCUCCAUCCACAGCAUGUGCACCGAUGCCGCCUUCCUGCUGCUGGCUAUGCUUCGCAGCAUGCUCAACCUGCCGUGGCAGUCCGAGGAGGAGGGGUCCUGGCUCAGAGAGUACCCCGUCACACUCAUGCAGUUCUUCAGGUAUCUUUACCACAACGUGCCGGACCUUUCGCCCAUGUGGCACAGUCCUGAGUUCCUCUGCGCUCUGGCCGCCUCCGUCUUCCCCUUCAACAUCAGGCCGUACUCUGAGAUGGUCACAGAUUUAGACGACGAAGCGGGUUCUCCCACCGAGGAGUUCAAAGCUUUCGCCGGAGACUCAGGUAUGAACCGCAGCCAGUCUGAAUACUGUAACGUGGGAUCAAAGACGUCCCUCACCAACCACCCGGCCAAGAAGUACGUGUUUGACUUCAUGAGGGUCCUGAUCAUGGACAACCUGUGUAUGACCCCGGCCAGCAAGCAGACGCCCAUCAUCGACCUGCUGCUGGAGGCGUCUCCGGAGCGAUCCACCAGAACUCAGCAGAAGGAGUUUCAGUCCAACAUCCUGGACGGAGUCAUGGAGCAUCUGCUGGCCGCUGACGUCCUGCUAGGUGAAGAUGCCUCUCUGCCUCUCAGCAGCGGAGGCAGCUACCAGAUUCUGGUCAACAACGUCUUCUACUUCACGCAGCGUGUGGUGGACAAACUGUGGCAGGGAAUGUUCAACAAGGACUCCAAGCUGGUGGUGGACUUCAUCGUGCAGCUUAUAGGACAGUCUAAGAGGCGUUCUCAGGGUCUUUCUCUCGACACCAUCUACCACUGCCUGAACCGGACGGUGCUCUACCAGCUCUGCCGACCCCACAAGACGGUGGCUCAGCAGGUGGCCUUGCUGGACGCUCUGCGGGUCCUGACCGUCAACCGCAACCUGGUGCUCGGACCGGGGAACCACGACCAGGACUUUGUGGCCUGCUUGGCUCACUGCUUCAUCUGUCUGCACAGCGGGAGUAGCGUCGAGGGCUUCGGUCUGGAGGCUGAGGCCAGGAUGACGACCUGGCAUGUCAUGAUGCCCACGGAGAACGAGAGCGACUCCACGCACAGCCACGACGUCAGCGAGGGUCGGCAGCUGCUGCUGAAGGCUGUGAACCGCGUGUGGACGGAGCUGAUGCACAGUAAGCGUCAGAUGCUGGAGGACAUCUUCAAAGUGUCUCUGCCCUGUAACGACCGAGGACACGUCGACAUCGCCACCGCUCGACCCGCCUUAGAGGAGCCGGCACUCAAGAGCUGGCAGAACCACCUAGUUCAUGAGAAGAAGUGCAUCAGUCGAGGCGAGGCAGUGGCUCCAGCGACUCAGUCCAAACUGUCCAGGGUCAGCAGCGGCUUCGGCCUCUCCAAGCUGACGGGCGUCCGACGCAACAAGAAGGAGAACAGCCUGAACAAGAACAGCCUCUCUGCCCAGGAAACAUUCCAGUGGAUGUUCACACACAUCGCUGUCGUACGAGACCUCGUGGCCAUGCAGUACAAAGAAUAUCAAGAGCGGCAGCAGAACGCCCUGAAGUACGUGACGGAGGAAUGGGCGUCCAUCGAGUACGAGCUCCUGAGAGAACGAGGGCUCUGGGGGCCGCCCAUCGGCUCCCACCUAGACAAGUUCGUGCUGGAGAUGACGGAGGGGCCGUGUCGGAUGAGGAAGAAGAUGGUCCGCAAUGACAUGUUCUACAUCCACUACCCGUACAUCCCCGAAAUGGAGACGAACACCAACUCAGCACAGAAGCCUCAGCGUUACCGUCGAGCCAUCAGCUACGACAGCAAGGAGUACUUCAUGCGUUUGCUGUCGGGGAACCCCGGCAUGUACCAGCACUCUGUGGAGCACACGACGGAGGGAGAGACGACCCAGCAUGAGCCCGAGCACGGAGAGGACACCAUCGCCAGGGUCAAAGGUCUGGUGAAAGCUCCUCUGAAGAGAUCUCGUUCUACGGCGGACGGAGCAGACGAGGACAGUCAGGAGCAGCUCCAGGAGCAGCUGCUGGAGUCAGGAGGACUGGAAGACGAGCAGCGGACGGACAACACCUCGCUGCUCCGUCUGCUGGAGGAGGGAGAGAAGAUUCAACACAUGUACCGCUGUGCCAGGGUCCAAGGUCUGGACACCAGCGAGGGUCUGCUGCUGUUUGGGAAGGAGCACUUCUACGUUAUCGACGGUUACACCAUGACCGUCUCCAGGGAGAUCAGAGACAUCGACACGCUGCCUUCCAAUUUGCACGAGGCGAUCAUCCCCAGAGGAGCGAGACAAGGCCAGAGUCAGCUGAAGAGAACCUGCAGCAUCUUCGCCUACGAAGACAUCAAAGAAGUCCACAAGAGACGCUACCUGCUGCAGCCCAUGGCAGUGGAGGUGUUCUCGGCAGACGGGAGGAACUACUUGUUAGCUUUCCAGAAAGGAGUCCGCAACAAAGUUUACCAAAGGUUUUUAGCUGUGGUGCCAUCGCUGGCCGACAGCUCAGAGUCCGUCUCAGGCCAGAGACCCAACACCAGCGUGGAACAAGGAUCUGGACUCCUCAGUACGCUGGUUGGUGAGAAGUCCGUCACUCAGAGAUGGGAGAGAGGAGAAAUCAGUAACUUCCAGUAUCUGAUGCAUCUCAACACUCUUGCCGGUCGCUCCUACAACGACUUGAUGCAGUACCCCGUCUUUCCCUGGAUCCUGGCCGACUUCGACUCAGAGGAGCUGGAUCUAAACAACCCCAAGACGUUUCGUAACCUCGCCAAGCCGAUGGGAGCUCAGACUGACGACAGACUAACCCAGUACAAGAAGAGGUACAAGGACUGGGAGGACCCCAAUGGUGAAACACCAGCGUAUCACUACGGCACUCACUACUCCUCGGCCAUGAUCGUAGCUUCUUAUCUGGUUCGGAUGGAGCCAUUCACACAGAUUUUCCUCAGACUUCAGGGAGGACAUUUCGACCUGGCCGACAGGAUGUUCCACAGCGUGCGUGAAGCCUGGCUCUCCGCCUCCAAGCACAACAUGGCAGAUGUCAAAGAGCUCAUCCCCGAGUUCUUCUACCUUCCCGAAUUCCUGCUCAACGCCAACAACUUCGACCUGGGUGCCAAGCAGAACGGCACGAAGCUGGGUGAUGUGAUCCUGCCUCCUUGGGCCAAAGGCGACCCUCGAGAGUUCAUUAGAGUCCACAGAGAGGCGCUGGAGUGCGACUACGUGUCAGCUCACCUCCACGAAUGGAUUGACUUGAUUUUCGGCUACAAGCAGCAGGGUCCGCCGGCCGUGGAGGCGGUCAACGUCUUCCACCAUCUGUUCUACGAGGGUCAGGUCGACAUCUACAACAUCAAUGACCCGCUCAAGGAGACGGCAACCAUCGGCUUCAUCAACAACUUCGGACAGAUUCCCAAACAGCUGUUUAAGAAGCCCCACCCUCCCAAACGCGUUCGCAGUAAAGCUAACGGCGACGUCACGAGUAUUCCUCCGAGCUCCAACAGCGACAAGAUCUUCUUCCAUCACCUGGACAAUCUGAGACCUUCUCUUGCACCCGUUAAAGAGCUGAAGGAGCCGGUGGGACAGAUCGUUUGCACCGACAAGGGCAUCCUCGCUGUGGAGCAAAACAAAGUCCUGGUUCCCCCGACCUGGAGCAAGACCUUCGCCUGGGGCUACGCCGACCUCAGCUGCCGUCUGGCUAAUUAUGAAUCUGAUAAGGCAUUGGUGGUGUAUGAAUGUCUGUCCGAAUGGGGUCAGAUCCUGUGUGCCAUCUGUCCCAACCUGAAGCUGGUCAUCACCGGUGGCACCAGCACGGCCAUCUGUGUGUGGGAGACAGGACCCUCCAAAGAGAGAGCCAAGUCGCUCACCCUCAAACAGGCAUUAUUGGGCCACACAGACGCUGUAACGUGUCUCACAGCGUCGUCGGCGUACCACAUCGUCGUCAGCGGCUCACGGGAUCGAACCUGCAUCAUCUGGGACCUCAACAAGCUUUCCUUCGUCACGCAGCUCAGAGGACACCGAGCGCCCGUCUCUGCUCUGUGUAUCAAUGAACUGACGGGGGAUAUCGUGUCCUGUGCAGGGACCUACAUCCACGUGUGGAGCAUCAACGGCAGCCCGAUCGCCAGCGCCAACACCUUCACGGGCCGCAGCCAGCAGAUCCUGUGCUGCUGCGUGUCGGAGAUGAACGAGUGGGACACGCAGAACGUUAUCGUCACGGGACACUCGGACGGCGUCGUCAGGUUCUGGAGAAUGGAGUUCCUCCAAGUCCCAGAAACCCCUGCUCCAGAGCCGGUGGAGCCAGAUGUGCCUGACUGCUGCGUUGUUGAGGAGAAGAUCGAAGGUGGCGAGACUCACAACGGUGGCGGCGGCGGCGGUGAUGACGACAGCAGCGAGUCGGACGGAGAUGAACCCAGUUUAAGCCAAGAACCCAAAGCACCACGUAACCCGUCUACUGGUGGAGGCAGCCAGCCAGGAAGUGCCGUCCACAGACCCAGAGGUCCUUCAGCCAGAGCGGGAGCCUCUUGGUCGAUGGACAGCGGCUCCGACGAUUCUCACCGCUGGUCAGAUACGCUCAGCAUCGAUGAGAAGGACGGCUUCGUGUUCGUCAACUACUCCGAGGGUCAAACCAAAGUCCCUCACCCUCAUCCGGCUCACCCAGGCCAGGCUGCCGUACCUCAGCCUCUCCAGCCCUCCAUCAUGGAGGCACGGACGUAUAACCAGCUCAGGGCAGGCUACAGAUGGGAGCGCCAGCUGGUCUUCCGGAGCAAACUUACCAUGCACACCGCGUUCGAUCGCAAGGACAAUGCUCACCCGGCCGAGAUCACCUCCCUCGCCAUCUCCAAGGAUCACAGUAAGAUCCUGGUGGGUGACGGACGCGGCCGAGUCUUCAGCUGGUCGGUGAGCGACCAGCCGGGCCGGUCGGCGGCGGACCACUGGGUGAAGGACGAGGUGGUGGACAGCUGCUCAGGAUGCACGGUUCGCUUCUCCCUCACCGAGCGACGCCACCACUGCAGGAACUGUGGACAGCUCUUCUGCCAGAAGUGCAGUCGCUUCCAAUCAGAGAUCAAAAGGCUGAAGAUCUCGUCUCCGGUGAGAGUUUGUCAGAACUGUUACUACAACCUGCAGCACGAGCGAAGCGCCGAGGACGGCAGCCGAAACUGA